AUGGGGCAUUUACAGGGACGGCAGGAGGAGGGGGAGCUACAAGGGCAGGUGCGACCGGCAAUGAGCUGCUCUGACUCGCUUGCCCCGCCCUCUCCUAGCGCAUUGCAGCUGACACAACCCGCUGCACGUCCGCAAGCGUCAACGGCUGCGCAUACGCACCGCCCCCUCCACGCCCACGACCCCCCCUCCAACCACCACGACCGCCGUGGUGAGAAUCCCAGUGUGCAGGGGGAGGAUGGCGCUGAGGAGAGUCACGACGACGACGCGCCGACUCACGCUCUGCUGACCGAGACGGGGAGGGGUGAUGUGAAUGGCGGCGACCAGGCGACGGCGGACGGCGAGCAGGCUGAGGCGCAGACGCCACCGGAGCCGGCACGGUUGCGGCCGCCUCCCCCGCCACUGCCGGAGCCAGGACAGCGGUGGUGGCGGACGGCGGAGGGAACGCCAAUCCGUUGGCCGGAGGCGGCGCAGAAGGCACAGCGACAGCAGAAGUCGCGGGGCGCACACCAGCAGGGGAACCAGCGGCCGGAGCAGAGGAGGUCGGCGCCGCAGGCGGGGGUGGUGUCGCAGCAGCGGGCACAGCAGCCAGAGCCGAUAUCGUUGCCCCAGCAGGGGCAGGGGGUGACUCCGCAGCAGGAGCGGAUUGUGCAAUCGUCGGGGCAGGGGUCGGCGGUCCGGCAGGCGGAGGAGACGGCGCCGCAGCGGGCGCAGGGGAAGGCGCCUCCACAGGCGCGAGAGGUAGCGCCACAGCGGGAGCAGGAGGCGGCGCGACAGGCGCAGGGCUCUGCGCACCAGCAGACGCAGCAGGCAGCGACGCGGCUGGCGCAGGCGCGGACACACCAACGGACAGGGGUGUUGCCGCCAAUAUCGGAGGAGGGACAGGGCCGGCAGGGGGAGCCGAGGCCGGCUUCGCCUCUGGGGGGGCCAUUGGGGCACGCGAUGCCUAAUUUAUUCCCUCCGAAGAAGCCGAGUCCACCACAGAUGACUCGGCUGAGGAGAGGAGUCCGUCAAGCGGAAGGCGACCAACCCCAAUUCGAGCCGCGCAAGAAAUCGGUGUUGGCCCAGGAAAUCGAGCCGCAUCUGCAGAAAUUCUCCCCUCCUCCCGAGCCGCCACAUUGA